UUUACAACGUGUUUGAAUUGUAGCAACAAUUUGAUGAUUAUUGCAACACUUGUUUGCAAUACAAAUGUGUACUGUAUUUAUAAGUUGUGAUAAACAAUACUCUGUUUAUUAGAUGAUUACAUCACUCAUACAAAUAGUCGUAUAAAUUGUGUUUUAUUUUGUCAUAUAUUUUAUAUUGUUUUGUAUUUUACGCCAAAAUAAUGUCUGAUUUGGACGUUAAGAGUGACGAAGAAUUGACGGAAGAGUUUAUUAGAUUGCAGUUAGAGUUAAGGGAAAGACUGGUGACGGAGGACACGGAGGAGUGGGCCCACAGUGCGGACAAACUACGGCUCAUCGGAGGUCUGGACAUAUCGUACGACAAGACAGACAGUUCCAGAGGUUGUGUCACUUGUGUUGUGUUGGACGCCACCAAUGACUUUGAAAUUGUCUAUAAAAACAAUACAUUUAUUCAAUUGACGACUCGAUAUAUCGCCGGCUUUUUGGCCUUUCGUGAGAUUGAGUUUUUGGUCAACGAAUACCAGACUCUUCGGCAAAACAAACCCGAGUUUUUGCCACAGGUUUGGCUCAUCGAUGGCAACGGUGUAUUACAUCCGCGAAAGUUUGGUUUGGCCUCACAUUUCGGUGUUGUUGUGGACACUGCGGUGAUAGGAGUGGCCAAAAAUCCAUAUUAUCUGUCAUUUAUUGACCAAUCCGUCAAAGAUGAACACAAACGUCAAAUACAUACACUUUGUUCGGUUGGCGACCGAUUCCCGAUUACUAACUCUUCGGGUGAAGUGCUGGGAGUGGCCCUCAAGACAGCCCCCGACUGCAAGAAUCCGGUCUACGUGUCGGUCGGACACAAAGUGUCGUUGAAUACUGCGGUCGACGUUGUGCUCAAGUGUUGUCGAUAUCGCGUUCCCGAACCCACCCGUCAGGCGGACAUCAUUUCCCGACAACAGAUCAAUAAAUAA